AUGAGCACCUUUAAAGGCAAAGUCAUCGCCAUCACGGGCGCAGCAUCCGGCAUUGGCCUUGCGACGGCGAAGAACCUCGCAUCCGAAGGCGCGCGGGUGUCGAUCAGCGACGUCGACGAAUCUCUCCUUUCAUCUACGGCAACCGAGCUCACGGACCUCUACGGCGCGGAAAAUGUUUACUCCAAGGUGGUGGAUGUGCGGGAUCGGAAGGCAGUUGAGGCAUGGAUCGCCGAGACGGUAGAGAAACUUGGACCGCUCGAUGCUGCGGCAAACUGUGCCGGUGUGCUGGGCCGGCAGGGUAACAGAGCGACUGUGCCGGAGAUCGAGGACGACGAGUGGGACUUUGUGAUGGGGGUAAACGCCAAGGGCAUCCUUAACGCCAUGAGGGCGCAAAUUCCAGCUCUGAAGGACGGAGGAAAGGGAACGUCCAUUGUCAAUGUGGCCUCUGUUUCUGGACUCUACGGGCUAGAGUUUCAUGGGGCUUACACCGCAAGCAAACAUGCUGUUAUUGGAUUGAGCAAGGGUGCGGCAAGGGAGUUUGGAAGAAAGGGGGUUAGGAUCAACGCCGUGUGCCCGAGGACCGAUUGA